GCGUUUUCGGAGGUUCUGCGGAACGCUGUGAGAAGUUGGGGUAACGAAGAAGAGGUGCUGUUUGAUUGUUUGCUCAUUUAAAGGACAAGAUGGUUGACUCAUUCGUAGGAACAUGGAAAAUGUCUUCCAGUGAAAAUUUCGAUGACUAUAUGAAGGCUCUGGGUGUAGGUUUUGCCACCCGACAGAUGGGCAACAUGGCUAAACCAAGCCUGAUCAUCAGCGUGGACGACAAGGGAAUUAUCAUUAUGAAGUCACAGAGUACAUUCAAGACCACCGAAGUCAAAUUCAAAUUGAACGAAGAAUUCGAUGAAACAACAGCCGAUGACAGGAAAACCAAGACCAUAAUUACCGUGGAAAACGGCAAGCUCGUUCAAAAACAAACAUGGGAUGGAAAAAACACGUCGAUAGAGAGAAGUGUAGAGGAUGGCAAAUUAAUAGCGAGAUGCAUGAUGAAUGACAUCGUGGCUGUGAGGACGUAUGUGAAGGAAGCGUAAAGCGAUUCAGCCCCUGUGGUGGCUGAAUUAGGACCUCCCCCAUCCUUGCAAGGCAGAACACUGCCUUUGUGACACCAAAACCAGUAUUACAACAUGCACUGUAUUCUGGAACCGUGUUCAUCCAGUGAUAACUGUUCUGGUGCUCCAAAUAAAAAAUAAAAAAUAAAUAAAAUAAAA